AUGCACGACUUUGAGCGCGUCAGCCGCAACAUCGUCCGCACCUUCUACGACCCUCCACCUACAAACGACUCCAGCGAACCCAUAUGGCUGCUGGGCCAGCGUUACGAUCCCCGCCCGCCACCAGCUAGGCCUCCGCCUAGUGAUGCCGCGGCCGCCGACGAACCCACUCCACCGUCCGAACGCAACGAGGAUGAAAGCUGGAUACGCACAAGCAUCGACGUUUCUGAACGCAAGGAAGCUCCAAAUGGCGAGGAUCCCGCACAAUACGGCAACUGGCCGUCGGCAUUUCUCGAUGACUUCGAGUCGCGCAUCUGGAUGACCUAUCGCUCAGGCUUCAUGGCGAUACAGAAGAGCCAGGACCCAAAGGCAACAAGCGCUAUGAGUUUCCGUGUUCGCAUGCAGAAUCUGGCAUCCCCAGGCUUUACCUCUGACACAGGUUUCGGCUGCAUGAUCAGAAGCGGACAGAGUAUCCUAGCCAACGCACUGCAGAUACUACGCUUGGGCCGCGACUGGAGAUACCAGGACAAGCCCACCGCCAAAGAGCACUGCGAGAUACUUUCCCUAUUUGCCGACGACCCGAGAGCGCCUUUUUCCAUUCACCGCUUCGUUGAGCACGGUGCCGCCGUCUGCGGAAAGUACCCUGGCGAGUGGUUCGGCCCUUCCGCAGCGGCGCGGUGUAUCCAGGAUCUGGCCAACAAGCACCGCGAGGCUGGUUUGCGAGUCUACGUAUCUGGCGACGGUGCGGAUGUAUACGAAGACAAGCUGAAGGAGGUUGCCAUAGACGACGAUGGCCAGUGGCAGCCUACACUAAUCUUGGUCGGCACUAGGCUAGGCAUCGAUAAGAUCACACCUGUUUACUGGGAGGCGCUAAAGGCGAGUCUGCAAAUGAAGCAGAGCAUAGGCAUUGCAGGUGGCCGUCCAUCCGCUUCCCACUACUUUGUCGCCACGCAGGGAAAUAACUUUUUCUAUCUCGACCCCCAUAGCACUCGUCCCUUGCUUCCAUAUCGACCGCCUCCGUCAUCUACCGAAAACGAGAGUCAGAACCAGAGCCAGAAUCAACUAGCAGUCCCAUCCAGUUUGGACGCCUCGGCUACCUCGAACUCAUCCUCGACAACCAUUGUUCCCUCUGCUACGCCCACGGAUGGUUCCGACCGGACUACCUAUUCAGAAGAAGAGCUGGCCACAUGCCACACACGCCGCAUUCGAAGGCUCCAAAUCCGUGAAAUGGAUCCCUCUAUGCUCAUUGCCUUCCUCAUUACCUCGGCAGAUGACUACGAGAACUGGAAAGAAGGCGUCCGUAGCGUACAGGGGAAAAGCGUCGUGCACGUGCAAGACCAGGAACCCAUGCCUAGGGGCCAGGAGAGAGAAGGCGCGGUUGACGAAGUGGAAAGCUGGGAUGAAGACGGCCUGCAGUAG